AUGCCAUUGCGACUCACCUCAGCGCCUGUCUCCGGAAUCAAGAAACGCAAAUCCACAACCACCCGUGCACGCUCCUCCCCAUUUGCCGUCCAUUCGCGCACGAAACCCCGCUCCAACGCCAAUAACACCCUUAAAGAUGCCUCCACCCUCAUAGAAGAUGAAGACUUCGACCUCCCCGACCUAGGCAUCUCACAGAAUAUCCCCUCCACAGCCCCCGCGACAACUGUCCUCGAUGCUAUCCACCACAUUCGCAGCACAAUGUUCGAAGAUCUCCCCGCAACCCGCACAGGGAUGAAUAGCACCCGUAUCGCGGAGGUGUUGAAUUUUAGAAGCUCGCUGCCGCCGCUGGUUUCUGUGGCGCACGUACAUACGUUGCUUGACGCGCCGACGAGGACGGAGCGGGAGAUCGUAGAGUUGGUGACAACGGGUAAGGUGCGGAGGUUGAUCGUUCCUGGGCGGGGGAAUGAUGCAGCGGGGUUAGGGGAUUGUCUUGUGCUUAGGGAAGAAUGGGAGGGGUUGGUUGGGGGUAGUGGCUUAGGGGAAGAAUUGAAGGAGAAAUUCCUCACCGUCCUCAAUCGCAUCGGGACGUCCUCCGCCAUAGCCCCAGGCGUUUUCACUCCCAACGAAUACCAAUCAUUAGUCCGCGCCGGAUUCCUUGUCUCCUCAUCAUCCCUAGCAAAAGGCCCCUUGGGCAUAGCUUCCCUCCCAGAUCUUCCUCCAUCCUCCGCCUUCACACCAGCCAGUCGAGCCGACACCCAGUCCCAAACCCCAAAUCAUACCAAUAUCACCAAUAAUGAUGAAAGCAGCCGCUUCCACACAGCAACCCUCUUCCUCUCCCUCCCCAACACAGGCCCCUACCUCCGCCUCCUCAACACUAGCCGCGCCCACCUCGUCGCUCUCCUGAAGAAAUCUACCCACCGCGAAGCACCCCUCUAUCUCCUGCGCAACCGCUGGGACGGCGCCGUGGAAACUGACAAAAGCUUUCAUGCGGCAAAGCGCGCGAGGGGCGAGUUUGCGGGAAUUCUACCGGGACGGACGAGGAAGUGGAAGGAGUUGUAUGGGAUGGGGUUUCGGUGGGUAUUGGAGGAGGCGGUUGGGGCUGGGUUAGUGGAGGUUUUUGAGACAGGGAGUGUUGGGCCGGGGGUGCGUUGUCUAUAA